CUCGACGUCACCGAAGCCGGCGCCGAUUGGCCGACUGAACUGUCACUCCGGACACUUCCUCCUGGGCCGCAGCCGCCGAAUUAAACUUUGGAGUGGGAAAAAGAGCCAUCGGCGCCCGGCGCCGGACGACCCUCCCUUCCCUCCCACCCCCCGCCACCCCACUGCCGCCGGUAACACCCCCUUCUCCGCGGCCCCCGACCGAAUUUUUCUCCAACUUCCGAGACCCGUGAGAUUCCCGCCUUAGCACCCCAGCCCUCGGAAUCCCUCUGCCCAUUCCCAGGCCCGCCGUCGGAUCCCUGGGAUCCAUUCGAUCACCGACUCAGAGACUCCUGCUCUCCACCCCAAGAUCUGGUGAAUCCCUCGAGCUCCCUUCUUAUAUGGAUCCUCUUCUUAGAGCCACUGGAUUCUUGGCUCCACCUGCUCCCUUUCCAAUCCCUUCUUUCUCCAGGGAGCCUUUGGAUCCUGGGCUCUUCUGAUCCCUGUGACCCCGGCCUACUAGAUUUUCUUUUUUGAUUUCUUGGAAUCUCCCAAUCUCUGGGCCCCCCAAACCAUUAGAUUUCUCCUUUCUGAUCGUCUGUGAUCCCUUAAUCCCCGGGCGGGCGUCUGAUCCACUAGAUUCCUUUUCUCUAACUUCCCAGGGUCCCACCAUCCUCGAGUUCCCUCAACCUGCCAGGAUUUUCUUCUCGGAUCCCCGGGAUCCCCGCGCUCCUACCACCAGCUAACAAGAUACCUCGGAUCCAGGGACCUGAGCCUCCCUGCUCAGGCUCCUGCAGCCGGAUCCCGGGUGGGCGCCGGGCGGCGGGUCCCGGGCCUCGCCCUAUGGCCGCCGCCCCCUCCCAUCCCGCCGGGCUCCCGGGCUCUCCCGGGCCGGGGUCUCCUCCGCCCUCUGGCAGCUUGGAACUGCAGGCGCCGCCACCGCUGCUGCCCCAUGUCCCGGCGCCGGGCUCGGGGGUGUCCUUCCACAUCCAGAUCGGGCUGACCCGCGAGUUCGUGCUGUUGCCCACCGCCUCCGAGCUGGCCCACGUGAAGCAGCUGGCUUGCUCCAUCGUUGACCAGAAGUUCCCCGAGUGUGGCUUCUAUGGCCUUUACGACAAGAUCCUGCUCUUCAAACAUGACCCCACGUCGGCCAACCUCCUGCAGUUGGUGCGCUCCGCCGGAGACAUCCAGGAGGGCGACCUGGUGGAGGUGGUACUGUCGGCUUCGGCCACCUUCGAGGACUUCCAGAUCCGCCCGCACGCCCUCACGGUGCACUCCUACCGAGCGCCUGCCUUCUGCGACCACUGCGGAGAGAUGCUCUUCGGCCUGGUGCGCCAGGGCCUCAAGUGUGAUGGCUGCGGACUGAACUACCACAAACGCUGCGCCUUCAGCAUCCCCAACAACUGCAGUGGGGCCCGCAAGCGACGCCUGUCGUCCACGUCUCUGGCCAGUGGCCAUUCGGUGCGCCUCGGCACCUCUGAGUCCCUGCUCAGCAUGGCUGAUGAGCUGAGCCGUAGCACCACCGAGCUCAUCCCUCGCCGCCCCCCGUCCUCGUCCUCCUCAUCUUCUGCCUCAUCCUACACCGGUCGCCCGAUCGAGCUGGACAAGAUGCUGCUGUCCAAGGUCAAGGUGCCACACACCUUCCUCAUCCACAGCUACACGCGGCCCACCGUCUGCCAGGCUUGCAAGAAACUGCUCAAGGGCCUCUUUCGCCAGGGCCUGCAGUGCAAAGAUUGCAAGUUCAACUGUCACAAACGCUGCGCCACCCGAGUCCCUAAUGACUGUUUGGGGGAGGCACUCAUCAACGGAGAUGUGCCGAUGGAGGAGGCCACUGAUUUCAGCGAGGCUGACAAGAGCUCCCUCAUGGAUGAGUCAGAUGACUCGGGUUUCGUCCCGGGCUCCCACUCAGAAAAUGCUCUCCAUGCCAGCGAGGAGGAGGAAGGCGAGGGAGGCAAGGCCCAGAGCUCCCUGGGGUACAUCCCCCUAAUGAGGGUGGUGCAGUCAGUGCGACACACAACACGGAAAUCCAGCACGACGCUUCGUGAGGGUUGGGUGGUUCAUUACAGCAACAAGGACACGCUGAGGAAGCGACACUAUUGGCGCCUGGAUUGCAAGUGCAUCACGCUCUUCCAGAACAACACGACCAACAGAUACUACAAGGAAAUUCCACUGUCUGAAAUCCUCGCCGUGGAGCCUGCCCAGAACUUCAGCCUUGUGCCACCAGGCACCAACCCACACUGCUUCGAGAUUGUCACUGCCAACACCACCUACUUUGUGGGCGAAACCCCUGGCGGGGCCCCAGGGGGGCCCAGUGGGCAGGGGGCUGAGACUGCCCGGGGCUGGGAAACAGCCAUCCGCCAGGCCCUGAUGCCUGUCAUCCUCCAGGAUGCACCCAGUGCCCCAGGCCAUGCGCCCCACAGACAAGCUUCUCUGAGCAUCUCUGUGUCUAACAGCCAGAUCCAAGAGAAUGUGGACAUUGCUACUGUCUACCAGAUCUUCCCGGAUGAGGUGCUGGGCUCGGGCCAGUUUGGAGUGGUCUAUGGCGGAAAGCACCGGAAGACAGGCCGGGACGUGGCAGUAAAGGUCAUCGACAAACUGCGUUUCCCCACCAAGCAGGAGAGCCAACUCCGGAACGAAGUGGCCAUUCUGCAGAGUCUGCGGCACCCGGGGAUUGUCAACCUGGAGUGUAUGUUCGAGACCCCGGAGAAGGUAUUUGUGGUGAUGGAGAAGCUGCACGGGGACAUGCUGGAGAUGAUCCUCUCCAGCGAGAAGGGCCGGCUGCCUGAGCGCCUCACCAAGUUCCUCAUCACCCAGAUCCUGGUGGCUUUGAGACACCUUCACUUCAAGAAUAUCGUCCACUGUGACUUGAAACCGGAAAAUGUGUUGCUGGCGUCAGCGGACCCAUUUCCUCAGGUGAAGCUGUGUGACUUCGGCUUCGCGCGCAUCAUCGGCGAGAAGUCGUUCCGGCGCUCGGUGGUGGGCACGCCAGCCUACCUGGCGCCCGAGGUGCUGCUCAACCAGGGCUACAACCGCUCGCUGGACAUGUGGUCAGUGGGCGUGAUCAUGUACGUCAGCCUCAGUGGCACGUUUCCCUUCAACGAGGACGAGGACAUCAAAGACCAGAUUCAGAACGCUGCCUUCAUGUACCCAGCCUGCCCUUGGAGCUGCAUCUCAGCAGGAGCCAUCGACCUCAUCAACAACCUGCUGCAGGUGAAGAUGCGCAAGCGCUACAGCGUGGACAAGUCUCUCAGCCACCCCUGGUUACAGGAGUACCAGACGUGGCUGGACCUCCGAGAGCUGGAGGGGAAGAUGGGCGAACGGUACAUCACGCACGAGAGUGACGAUGCGCGUUGGGAGCAGUUUGUGGCAGAGCACCCACUGCCCGGGCCGGGGCUGCCAGCCGACGGGGAGCUCGGUGGGAGCCUCCCACCCCGGGACCACGAGAUGCAGGGGCUGGCCGAGCGCAUCAGUGUCCUCUGAGGCCUCGUGCUCCCGCCCUGGCUGUCUUGUGAUGCUCUCCUCCUGUCUUCGGAGAGGGGCCCUCCACGCCUUCCCAGCGAUGAACUGUUCUAGGGGAAGCAGCUUCCAGCCCAAACUGGACACGCCCCGGGGGAGGGGCAUGGCGGGGCUGGGGGCAGGGGCCGGGGUUAUUUACAAAGCUAAUUCCCCAGCAAUUAAAACGGACUCAUCCCUGGCCCAAUGGCCUUGAUCUUUGGCCACAUCGCACUCUCCUAUCAUUAGUUUGUUGUUCACCCAGAUGGAGUUCACCUGGAAAGAAGAUGGGAUGGAGGAGGGAUGGGGGAGGAGCACUGAAGGGAGAGGAGUUUUCGAAGGAGGACUAACUGGGGUAAAAAAUAUACAGAGGGAGCACCGCCAGGAGGGAAGACUAGAAGGGGGAACAGUGUGGAGGAACAUAGAGAGGAGAGGGAAGAGUAAUGGAGGAGAGAUGGAAGGGAUAUGAUCCGAGGGGGGAAGGAUUUGUAGAAAAGCAAGUAAUCUCAUGGCUUAACGGUUUAAUUUUUUAUUUGGUGUUAUUGCUACUAAAUCACAACUAUUAAUAACAAUGUGGUUAGCACAAGUCUGGUCCAUGGUAGAAAGCUGAUACACAAUAGUUGGUAUUUUCUUUUAAACUGAUGCGAUGACUUGUCUACACACUGAAUGUGCUCGUUUGUUGGUUCAUUUGUCACACUGUGCUGGAUGAUGCUGGGGACAGGGUGGUGACUGAGACAGCCCAGGUCCUGCCUUCAGGGGGGUUCACCAUCCAGUGGGGGAGACAGACCUGUUCCCUGUGAGUGAUGACCCA